GAGGAGGAAAGAGGCAGGCCGAAUCAGGAGAUGCUUUUUUUGCGUCUACAACACUGACUUGACACACUUCAGAAACCACGUUUCUCUGAGCAGGAUCGGAAUCCACGGUAUCACCGUUCAUCAGCGAGCCCAGACUGAAGGAGCUGAAAGGGUCAUUUUUAUACAUAAUAAAAGCAAAACAAAGCGUCUGGCUUUGUUUGACAAAAGGAAGCAAUGUCAGGGUUGAAGAAACGGAGUUCAAAUACAUCCGCGGACCGGGAUGAAGACGACAAGCAGGUGACGGAGAAGAUGCUCAGAGGUGGGAAUGGCAACAUGAGCCGACCAGGAGACGGCACGCCUGAAAGCCCAACCGCAGAUAUUAGCGCUGCGGAUGGAGAAGAGACAGUCGAGCUGAAAAGAACUAUAACUCUCGUGAACGGCGUGGCCAUUAUUGUAGGCACCAUUAUUGGCUCUGGCAUCUUCGUAACUCCAACCGGAGUGGUGAAAGAAGCUGGUUCAGUCGGGUUGUCGCUGGUCGUGUGGGCAGUAUGUGGCGUCUUCUCCACUAUAGGAGCGCUGUGCUAUGCCGAACUGGGGACCACCAUCACCAAAUCAGGGGGUGACUACGCUUACAUCCUUGAAGUUUAUGGCUCCCUACCUGCGUUUCUGAAACUCUGGAUCGAGCUUCUCAUCAUAAGGCCGUCCUCGCAGUAUAUUGUCGCCUAUGUUUUCGCUACCUACCUCCUGAAGCCCAUCUUUCCCUUCUGCCCUGUCCCCGAGUCAGGAGCCAAGCUGGUCGCCUGCCUGUGCAUCCUGUUGUUGACUGCUAUCAACUGCUACAGCGUGAAGGCCGCCACAAGGGUCCAAGAUGCCUUUGCCGCUGCUAAGCUACUUGCCCUGGGCCUCAUCAUCAUUAUUGGUUUUGUGCAGAUUGGCAAAGGUGACACUGCUGAUCUCCUGCCUGAAAAUUCGUUCAAAGGAAGCAAAUCAGACUUUGGCAACAUCGGAUUGGCUCUUUACAGUGGGCUGUUUGCUUAUGGAGGAUGGAAUUAUUUGAAUUUUGUCACAGAGGAGAUGAUUGAGCCAUACAAAAAUCUCCCUCGGGCCAUCAUCAUCUCGCUUCCCAUUGUCACCGUUGUCUAUGUGCUGACCAACCUGGCCUACUUCACCACACUCAGUCCGGAGCAAAUGCUCUCAUCUGAGGCUGUUGCUGUGGACUUUGGAAACUACCACCUGGGGCCAAUGGCUUGGAUAAUCCCUGUGUUUGUAGGCCUGUCCUGCUUUGGCUCUGUGAAUGGCUCUCUGUUUACCUCAUCUAGGCUGUUCUUUGUGGGCUCCCGAGAAGGUCAUCUUCCCAGUUUGUUGUCGAUGAUCCACCCUGACCUGCUGACCCCUCUGCCUUCACUUAUAUUUACUUGUAUCAUGACUCUUCUCUACGCUUUCUCCAAUGAUAUAUUCUCUGUCAUCAACUUCUUCAGCUUCUUUAAUUGGCUUUGCAUUGCCAUGGCGAUCCUUGGCAUGAUGUGGUUACGCUACAAGAAACCGGAGUUGGAACGACCAAUUAAGGUCAAUAUUCUGCUGCCCAUUUCCUUCGUAUUGGCCUGCCUGUUCCUCAUCGUGGUGUCCAUCUGGAAAACUCCUGUGGAGUGCGCUAUAGGAUUCGGAAUCAUCGCCACAGGAGUUCCUGUGUACUUAUUCGGCGUUUGGUGGCAGACCAAGCCCAAAUGGCUCUUGCAGAUCCUCUUCACUACCACAGCGACAUUCCAGAAACUGAUGGAAGUGGUUCCUCAGGAGUCCUGAAGACCAUACGGAUCGACAGAUGCCUCUUCCGCGCACAAAGUCUCCUCUUAUCCACCUCAGUCUCCCUUACUGUAUUCCUCGACUGCCUCACCUCUCUUUGCGUGAGCCAGAAAAAAGUCAUAUCCUGCUGCCACAGGCGAAAUCUAUAUUAAUUACCACAUGCGAAACAAGACAACAUCAGAGGUCACUGGAGCAUUUCAUUUGAGAUGUAGAUUUUGUCAGUCCUUCCUCAAUCAAAUGUAUUAUACUGUAUACAUUUCAGUCUUUAUGUUUCAGUUCCAAGUUUUCAAUCAGGAUUUUAUAUAUAUUUUUUAAACCAUUGGAGAUAUGUGUCAUAUAACCACCGUCAGUGGUUUGGUUUGGUCAUCCCUUUAUUUUAGGGCCUGCAGUAGUAUGAUCGUAAGCUUCUUGUAUCGUGUUUUCAGCUUUUGUUUUAAAAUGUACAUGAGGAAAAGUGCGUACCGAAAAUGCUUGUGGGGAGGCGCUAUUGUCUCUCUCAGCAACCAGAACCAUCAUUCCCACCUGAUUGACAAAUUUCCUUCUUGGAUUACAAUAUGUUCUAUUAUAUCUACAAUCAUUUCCUUUUCUACAGCAGAUUUGACCAGUUUGCUGUGCCUUUUCUGCCGGUGUAGAAAUGUAUAAUUUUUUGAGAUUAACUUGAAAUGACUUUAUACUCCGACAGAUUUAUUUUUGAUAGCUUUGUGUAUUUUUUUUUUUAAGUGCUAAUAAGAAUUUCAAGGAAUCUCCAUUUUUUUCGGGUCAUGGUCCUCUAAUUGGAUGUAUCCAAUUGUUGUUUUUAUUAUUAUUAUUAUGGAAGGCACUGACAUACAGUAUUCAUAAAUUCAGAAUCAGAAUACCGAUAGCCUUUCUGCUUACCUCAGUGAACAUACAGUACAUCACACUCCUAAUCUGGCUGUAUAUUUUUAUGCCUAAUUAUGAUUUUAUGAAGCACAAAAGAUGAGAUGCUUUUGACUUAUUUCUUUCAAGUACAUUUUUUAAUAUUUAGCACCUUUUUUCUGCAUCUGUCAAACAGAUAGCCACAUUUAUACGUGAAGUACUUAACACUGGACCGCCUAUUUUAUUUCAUUCUCCUUGUAUUUUGGCAAUUAGCUUGGUAGUUGCGAAUUU